CCAACAAGCUGAACAGUAAUCACAACCCUCCCUCCCUCCCUCUCUCUCUCUCUCUCUCUCUCUUCCUUCCCCAUUUUCGUAAUCGUCAUCAUCACGCUCCAUGCUCUGGCGCUCCAACUUCUCCCUUCUCAGCCCUUGAUUUCGACCAUCGAUGAACCGUUUCUUCUACGAAUCUAGGGCUUCCACCGUCAAUCUUGACCCUUUCUUGUUCGCCGCCGUCGUCGACAAUGUCUUCGAGGAUCGACCACCACCAUCUCCCUAUAAACGGACAGAUUUUGCCCCAGCCUUGUUCCCAUCUGGUCGAUUUUCGCUCCCGGAACGGGGCCAACCCUUUCCGGGCCCUACAGGACUGCCUCCGGGUCAAACCGCCCGGUGGCCACGCCUCGAUCCGGCGGGAACCCAACGAGGUGCCGCGAUGCGGCAUGUGCGGGGAAUCGGGCGGUCUCACGCGCCUCUACGCGUGCGUGGCUUGCGCCGCCGUACACUGCCACGCGCCUCCCGGCACUUCCCACGCGGCGGUGCACGGAGAGUCGAUGUCUCCGGGCCACGAGAUCGCCGUGGACGUCGAUCGCGCAGAGCUCUUCUGCUGUGCUUGCCGCGAUCAGGUCUACGAUCGGGACUUCGACGCGGCGGUCGUUCUGGCCCAGACGGCCGCGUCGACUCUCCAUGCACCGUCAUCCAUCGUCCGAUCCCCUCACCCCGAAAACCUUCGAAAGCGGCGUAGAGUUGAUUACCGGCCGUGGACACCAGAUCCGAGAGAACGAGUCUUGAUGGGAAGCUGUUCAAGUCCGUUAAACGCCACCGUCUUGGAUUCUUGUUCUAGAGAUUUUCCCGCGGGAUUGCGCGGAUUGAACAAUCUUGGAAACACCUGUUUCAUGAACAGUGUAUUACAAGCGUUGCUUCACACGCCGCCGCUGAGGAACUAUUUCCUCAGCGAUCGGCACAACCGAUAUUACUGCCAGAAGAAGAGCACUGUGGUGAAUAAUGGCAGUAAGAGCAAUGCUGGUAACCCUACUGACUCGCGGAUUUGUUUGGCCUGCGAUAUGGAUGCGAUGUUUUCGGCCGUCUUUUCAGGGGAUCGGACACCUUAUAGCCCUGCUAAGUUUUUGUACAGCUGGUGGCAACAUGCAGCAAAUCUGGCAAGUUACGAGCAACAAGAUGCUCAUGAAUUUUUCAUUUCUAUGCUGGAUGGAAUCCAUGAAAAAGUUGAGAAGGAUAGGCGCAAGACGCAGAGUCAAGGUAAUGGAGACUGUUGUGUUGCCCAUAGAGUAUUUUCUGGUAUCCUGCGAUCUGACGUGAUGUGUAUGGCUUGUGGUUUCACAUCUACAACAUAUGAUCCAUGUGUAGACAUAUCACUGGACCUGGAACCAAACCAAGGGGGAUCUGCAAAGAUGGUGUCCACAAAGUCUAAUCAUUCUUGCAAUGGCGAGGCAGAUCACAUGAAUUUGAGUCAAAACUGUGGAACAUCCACUCUGAUGGGAUGCUUGGACCGUUUUACAAGACCUGAGAGAUUGGGGUCUGAACAGAAAUUUUUUUGCCAACAGUGUCAGGUGAGGCAGGAGUCUCUUAAGCAAAUGUCCAUCAGAAAGCUUCCACUGGUUUCUUGCUUCCACAUCAAAAGAUUUGAGCAUUCUUCAAUACGGAAAAUGUCAAGGAAGGUUGACAGAUAUUUGCAAUUCCCAUUCUCCUUGGAUAUGGCACCCUAUCUAUCAUCUUCUAUUCUGAGGAGCCGAUUUGGGAAUAGAUAUUUCCCAUUUGAUGGGGAUGAGCCUGAUGCUUCAAAUAAGUUGUCAUCAGAGUUCGAGUUGUUUGCUGUUGUCACUCACACAGGUAAAUUAGAUGCUGGCCAUUAUGUGACUUACUUGCGACUAAGCAACCAAUGGUAUAAGUGUGAUGAUGCUUGGGUCACUGAAGUAAAUGAGAGCAUCGUGAGGGCUGCACAAGGAUACAUGAUGUUCUAUGUACAGAAGGUGCUAUAUUACAAGGCAAGUGAGAAACGGGUUGUUCCAUGACAUGGUGAUAGAAGAAUUGGUUAACUUUGUUAAUUGCACAAAAAGGGAAAUUGACGGAAUCAUUUGAAGUCAUGGUUGAUACUUGAUUGUACAUCAAAGAAUGCCAUGGCUAGUUUUGUAUGCCAUGAUAAACAAAAACAAAGAACAGAAAGUCAUUAGAGUUGCUUGUCUCUGGUAAAAUCACCAAGAGCAGAGCAGCUCCCUUCUUCUCUCUCUUGAGGACAUUUUUGAGAGGUAACUUUUAAAUCCUCAGUUUGAGCAUUAAGCCGGAAUUUUUGAGGCAGUGUGGCAUUUGGGAAGGAUUAAUUUAUAGAGGUGUUGAUUUCUUUUUAAAUGAUUUCUGAUAUUUAACUCUUUGGUGUUGGUGGGUUAUUUUUUUUUUUUUUUCCCCUUUGUCAUGGAUUAUGGCAGAAGUAGCAAUACUUAGAAGGAAUGGUAUUCCAUUGUACUAAUCUUCUUACAUGAAGUAUUAUAAUGGCCAGAAUCCAAUUUAGAGGUCUC